AUGCUGGAAGAGACAGGCCUGCCCGGGCAGGCACCUGGAGGGCAGAGGGUUUAACCUUCUCUUUCUCAUUUUAAGGGCUGUGCAGAGAAGUGCUACUUCGGCCCGCGAUGCCGCUUCCUUCACGACGUCGGCGAGUACAUGGCCGCGAAGCCAGCUGACCUGGGGAGCACCUGUGUGCUCUUCAAAACCUUCGGCAAGUGCGUUUACGGCGUCACGUGCCGCUUUGCCCAGGCCCACCUCGGGGAUGGCUACCAGAACGUUGUCAACACGGACUUGGCCAAGCAGUGGGAAGGGAAGUCACCGGUGAGGAACAACCUCUCCAAGGACCUCCAGCACCAGCUGCGCAAGAGGAAGUUUAGCUUCAAGAAGGCUGACGAGUACCUCCGUGGUCUGGCCAAGCCCCACGGUGAUGGUGGGAAGGGAGGGAAAGCCACGGGGCCCUCUACAGAGGAGCAAGAGGUGUCUGACUAUGGUGAGGAGGCUUCCUCCAUCAAAAGAGCGGGCCCAGUGACAGACGAAGACGUGAUAAAGCUGCGGUCAUGUGAGAAGAAGAAGUUGGAAAUCCAAGGCAAGCUCUACUUGGCUCCACUGACCACAUGCGGUAACCUCCCUUUCCGAAGGAUAUGCAAGCGCUUCGGGGCAGACGUCACCUGCGGGGAGAUGGCUGUGUGCACAAACCUGCUGCAGGGCCAGUCCUCCGAGUGGGCCCUCCUCAAACGGCAUCAUACCGAAGAUAUUUUUGGGGUGCAGCUGGAAGGAGCGUUUCCAGACACGAUGACCAAAUGUGCAGAGCUCCUGAACCAGACAAUCGAAGUGGACUUUGUAGACAUCAAUGUUGGGUGUCCCAUUGACCUGAUCUACAAGAAGGGAGGAGGCUGCGCUCUGAUGACUCGAUCCAACAAGUUUGAACAGAUCGUCCGAGGGAUGAACUCGGUGCUGGACGUCCCGCUGACUGUGAAGAUUCGGACGGGAGUGCAAGAAAAAAUUAACGUGGCUCAUAAAAUAAUCCCCAAGAUCCGGGAAUGGGGAGCAUCCAUGGUCACGCUUCACGGUCGAUCCAGGGAGCAGCGGUACACGAGGGGCGCCGACUGGGACUACAUUGCAGAAUGUGCUAAAAUAGCGAGCCCCAUGCCUCUCUUUGGAAACGGUGACAUUUUGUCUUAUGAAGAUGCUAAUCGAGCCAUGCAGACAGGCGUUUCGGGAAUUAUGAUUGCAAGAGGGGCACUCAUCAAACCAUGGCUUUUCACUGAAAUUAAGGAGCAAAGGCACUGGGAUAUCUCCUCCAGCGAGAGAUUCGAUAUCCUCAAAGACUUCACCAACUAUGGCCUUGAGCACUGGGGGUCGGAUACUCAGGGAGUGGAGAAGACCAGGAGCACUGCCAUCACCUUUUGUUGCAGAUACAUUCCAGUCGGCUUAUUGGAACACCUACCUCAGAAAAUUAACGAGCGGCCACCUUACUACAUGGGGAGGGACUAUCUGGAGACGCUGAUGGCGAGCCAAAACGUGGACGAUUGGAUUAAAAUAAGUGAGCUGCUUCUGGGACCUGUACCUACCAGCUUCACCUUCCUGCCCAAACACAAAGCAAAUUCGUACAGAUAA